GAGGGAAUGCCCACUAGAUGCGGCUGCUGAUAAUAGCGCGGAUCAGCACCAGAGCAGUGACUGAGAGCGCAGACAGAAAGAGGAGGAGAGGAGCAAGGAACAGCAUGCUCUGCCAGAAGCUGGUUAAAUCACAGCAGCGUGAUUGAUUCAGGCAAACGAGGAUAAAAAAAAUAGAGAGAGCUCUAGAGAGUCUCCCAGAGCACAGAAUCCUGAGAGGAAAACGGGGGUGGAAGUUAGAAGGCUGUGGGAACUCAUCAACUCCCUCGUGGAAAGGCAGAGCUGAGGUCAGCAGGCAGGAGUGUCGGAUCGAGCAGCAGCUGAACAAAGCCGGACAUUGCUUGGGCUGGGGGUGAACGCUCUUUUAGAGGGGUAACGAGAAGUGUAGAGGUGAAGUAAUACUGCUGAAACUUCAGUUACACUCAGCGUGCACCUGCUUGUGGGAGUUGCACUCCUGGAUAUUACAGCAAGGCUACGGGGCUGCCACAUCCACUAGAGUGAUUUUGCAAAGCUGCUGUCUGAUUGGCUUAAUCCUGAUCUUUUGUGUGAAAGAGAAAGAUUAGCACUUUUUUGGAGCACUAGAGCGCAAGUUCAAGGUUCUGUUCAAGGGCUAUUCUGAGAGACAUGAUAGAGAAUGAAAUAAAGAACGAGGCUUCCAUUCCAGAGCAUGGAGAAGUCAAGUAGUGAGGAAUCUGCCAUUCACCGUAGUCCCUCUGUGGAUAGCCACGACUCAGACUUUGCCCAAGCCUCCACCUCUGGACGGCCAUUCGGAGGACGAGGCUUUACCGCCGGUGCCUUUUACGGGUCCACUGGCCCGCGUGCACAAACCACUGCUCAAAGUGGGGCGUCCGGCGACGACAAAGGCAACAAUAAGUACAAGUCUCCAAAAGGCAGCAAAUACGUGGUCUUUUAUCUGGAUCUAUCCUUUGUGUUCCUUCUAGAGUUCAAGAAGUGCAACAUGGCUAGAGGCUGCCUGUGCUGUCUGAAAUACAUGAUGUUCAUCUUCAACCUCAUCUUCUGGUUGUGCGGCUGUGGGCUGCUGGGAGUUGGAAUCUGGCUGUCUGUGUCUCAAGGCAGUUUCGCCACCUUCUCCCCCUCCUUCCCCUCUCUCUCCGCUGCCAACAUGGUCAUCACCAUAGGCGCCAUUGUCAUGGUGACGGGCUUCCUCGGAUGCCUGGGUGCCAUCAAGGAAAACAAGUGCCUGCUUCUGAGCUUCUUCAUUGUCUUGCUGAUUAUUCUGCUGGCUGAGCUGAUUUUGCUCAUUCUUUUCUUCGUCUACUCUGAUAAGGUCAGUGAGAAUGCAAAGCAGGACCUGAAAGACGGCCUUGCUCUCUACAACACAGACAACAACAUUGGACUGAGAAAUGCCUGGAAUAUCAUCCAAGCUGAGUGGAAGUGUUGUGGCGUAACUGGUUACACAGAUUGGCACGAGGCUCUGAAAGAAAAGGUGGUGCCUGACCGCUGCUGUCAAGAACAUUACCAGGAGUGUGGCCGCAACUCGACCAACAUGUUCUGGACACGGGGCUGCUACGAGAAGGUUGAAGAGUGGCUUGACGAUAAUAAGCACCUACUCGGAACCAUCGGCAUGUGUAUCUUGGUAGUUCAGCUCCUGGGAAUGGCCUUUUCCAUGACACUGUUCCAUCAGAUUCACAGAAGCGGGAAGAAGUAUGACGCUUAACGAGGCCGUUUCUCAAGGGAGGAGCCCUGGUGCAUUAUGGGACAGACUCUGGAGGACAGCUCCUCCUCUUGUAUCUAACUUUCACCACUGGCCAAUCCCUCUUCCCAUUAAUUCUCCAGCUUAUACCUUACCAUCCUGUAUAGACUUCAGCCAUGGUCUGUCCCUUUCCACUCUUUCUUCCCCAUCUGCUCAUCUGCCAAAGAGACCCGGGGACAGAGAGGAACGAGAGGAUCGACUCUUGGCCAGAAUCCUCCCCAUGAGGCCUCUGACUUUCUUCAUCUCCUCUAGUUAGUUCAAGCGUAAAAUAAAGGUUCUAAUGUUUGCAGGAAGGAGAAUAAUGACAAAAAACUGUGUGGCUUUACUAAUACGUAAAACCUUCCACCCAACAUACAGAUGAGGCUAGAAGACAUCAGACUGGAAACCUUCAGGGUGGAUGAAUUUGAAAAGCAUCGCUCAUCAUCACCUCCAUCUACAGUGUAAAUAACAAACAGCUACAUUUUAGCAUGAUCCGGUUUUGUACAAGACAGUAAACUUGUCAUUUCCUUUUUAUAAGUGACACUGCCCCAACCCCAUAAUUGUCAUUUUUGUGCACCUAAGGAUUGGAAGAAACCGUUAAAAAGAGUUUAGCGAGGCAUGACCAGGAACUUGAGUUUGUCUGUGUGUGUUGGAAAUAAGUCUUUUCUUAUAUUUAAAGGUUUGUGGUUUGAGGACGCAUCGAAACGUGUCCUUCUGAUGAGAACCAUCACAAUCUAAUGUCAGUAUAAUACAUCAAACAGGGAAUGUUUUUCCAUCUACAGACUGUCCGAUCAGAAAGCUAUCCACGUUCAUGCAAAAACAUCCUCUUUGCUAACCACUGAAAGGUCAUUUUGACCAAACUUCUACUGAAACAAUGUAGCAUAGACAAUGAAGCAAAGUUUUAAUAGAAGAAAAAAAAUGGUGUUAGGUUUCAUAAGUUGGUAAACGAGACAUGUAUAAAAGGCAGAGCUUUGUGAGUUGGACUGUUUCCCAAUGUUUUGUUCACUGAAUCCAAGUCUGUACCCUACAAAACAUUUUUUAGAAAGAGCCCAAUGAUACAGAUUCCACCUACUGUAGUUAAAUUUUGCACAUUUCGGUAACACUUUAGAAUAAGGUUCCAUUAGUUAAUGUUAGUUAAUGUAUUAAUUAACAUGUACAAACAAUGAAUAAUACAUUUAUUACUGUAUUUAUUCAUCUUCGUUAAUGUUAGUUAAUGAAAAUACAGUUAUUCAUUGUUAGUUCAUGGUAAUCCACAGUGCAAUAACUAAUGUUAACAAGCACAACUUUUGAUUUAAAUAAUGCAUUAGUAAAUGUUGAAAUUAACAUGAACUAAGACUUAUAAAUGCUGUAGAAGGAUUGUUCUUGCUUAGUUCAUGUUAACGAAAGUAGUUAACUAACAUUAACUAAUGGAACCUUAUUCUAAAGUGUUACCCACAUUUCUUCUGAGACAGUAACAUUUGUUUUCAGAAGACUUAGAGUCAAAUGAAUUUACUCACCUUCAUGUCAAAUCUGUAGGACUUGCUUUCUUCCAUGGACACAAAAGGAAAUCGUUUGAAGAAUGUAGCUCUAUGCCAGGGGAUCAGCAAUCUUUCGGCAUGAUGUGCCAUUUUUCUGGUUAACCAUUGUGCCAACACCCCCGACCCCCCUUUUUAAUGCAUUCUGUACAGUACAUAACAUUUUUUAAAAACAAUAUUUUAAUGCAAAUAGUUUCUGAUGAUUUUUUUCUAAAUUGUUUCUAAACUUUUCAAAAGUUUCUUGAAUAAAAGAUAUACAGUGUGACCGUACAGAUCACCAAUGUGUGUGUGUGUCUGUGACAAGGCCAAUGCAUUAAAAUGGUUCAGUUUACUCACUAUUCUUUAAUUGAUGCGCACACACACACAUACACACACACCCCUCGCAAACAAGAGAUCUGAGAUCGCGCUGUUCAAAAAGUAACAUUCAGAAGCUCAUAAACUUGUUGUUCAGUGCUGCCACGUGACUUUUAUUAAUCAAUACUGAAUCACUACAUUAUAUUACUCAUCUAUGAGGGGGGUAAAAUUGCUGUUCUAAAGGAACUAAACUCAGCUCAACUCAAUUUUCUAUCGUAAAACGUAUCGUUAAAAGUUGACUAAUAUUAAAUGGUUUGCAGCUUCAUUUUACCUCACUCUCUUUAACAUUAAACUGACGUUUUGCUUCUGUGAACCGUAAACCUUGCCUACCGUAUUUUCCGGACUAUAAGUCGCACUUUUUUUCAUAGUUUGGCUGGUCCUGCGACUUAUACUCAGGUGCGACUUAUUUAUCAAAAUUAAUAUGACAUGAACAAAGAGAAAUGACCUAAGACAAAUUAACCAAGAGAAAACAUUACCAGUCUAUCACUGAAGACAUAGAGCGCCCUCUCGCGGCUGUAGAUGGUAAUGUUUUAUCUUGGUUCUUGGUUCUAAAUAAAUGCGACUUAUAUGUUUUUUUCCUCGUCAUGAAGUAUUUUUGGACUGAUGCAACUUAUACUCAGGUGCGACAUAUAGUCCAAAAUUCGGGACUUUGAUUUUAUUGGCCAUCUCAGUCAUUUUGGCAUUGACCACUGAGGCUUUGAUCUGAAGUGCCUAGGUAUGUGCAGUGGCCGCACACACAUUUGUAGACUAGCGCAACUUAAUUCUCUUAAUACUUAAUUCUCUAUCCCUGCUCUGUUAUACAACAAAACUGCUUAAAAACUGUAAAAAGGAGGGAGAAAAUACUGCAGUAAUAUGGCAUAUAACUUAGACUGGUGCUCUACAGUUUUCUUCACUUCAAAACUUACUUUCUUUUGUGCAUAUUGUUACAUCCUUGUUGAGUCUCUUACUUUUGAUAUGUAAAUGUGCUGAGCUGCAAGACUGUUUAAACAUGGUAAUUUUAUAGAACUUUAUGAUUGAUGGGCGUUCUAAUUCUGCAGAAAUGUUCUGACCUUUCUGACAAGUGCUGUGAGCACAUACUACAUCUGGGCCAGAUAAUGACUUAAAUUGGUGGUCUGUUGUCCUUUUGUGUCCUUCGGAAGAAAAUCACAGGGAACAGAGUGACAUGAGGGGACAGAAAUUUCCUUCAACUAUUUCUUUUAAGUAUCCCUAGCAGGAAAUCUAGCACUGAUACCAACUCAAAAGAACUGAAAAUUGCCAAUACUGCUUCAUUGCAAGAUAGAAGUCAAGUAUUAAAGUUAAACCAUGUACAGUACAACAAAGCAGAACCAAAUACAAGCACGGUGUUAGUUAUAAUAGUAGACUGUAAUCCACCAGCCAUAAUUUAUCUAGAGAAAGAGUGUUUCCGCUCACAUCAGCUUUAUCGCCUGUGCUGUUUUUCUGUCUCUCUCUGCUCUUUUCUGUCUCCAUCUGUCUUUUAGUUUCAAGCAUCAAGCUAGAACAGUUACAUUCCUGCUGAAUGGGAUGAUAAUGCUUCUGUAUCACAGCCUAAAGGGACUUGCUUCAAAGCAAAUGCAUCUUGACAAGAAAGUUUUGAAGUGAAACUGUUCACCAGCAGACGGUUUUUAGGAGUUUAAAAUCACUGAGCAAAAGAUGGGGCAUGAUGAUGGCUGAGAGACAACCAGAGUGGGGUCAUCUGAUGGUCUCCUAUCCAAACUGUCACUGAGACUACGUGUCGUCCCUUAAGAGCUCGGCGUUACAUUGUUAAUGUGUGACCGAGGGGAACGUAAUAGAGCACUCGAGAUGGAGAGAGAAAUAAUAACACCUCUCAUCCCAUCAAACACUCACUGACACACAAACAUUGUUUACUGUAUUUUAGAAAAAAAUUGCUUUACAUUAAGAAACAGUUGGGACCAGAAGCGACAGUUACUUCUAACAUUCAUCCCAUGUUGAAAUGGAGGGGAAUGAGAGCUUCUGCUCUGGAUGAGUGUAGGAACUCUGUCACUGAACUGCUGCUAUAAGAGCUACCUGUGUUUAUUACGAUAGUGGAAAAACUACAAGACCCAAUUCACUCAUACUCCGCCUGCAAGCAUUUAAAGUCAACAUGAAGCCAAAAUUGACAACAUGUACUAUGUAUAUAUAUAGAGAGAGAGGGGGAGAGAGAGAGAGAGAACCCCAGUUUAGGUUACGAUUUUGUAAUGCCAUUCUUAUAUUUUACCAAUAGGAAAAGCAUUCAUUAAAUGUUGGUUAGCUUCUAAAUGUUACAGUAAUUAGGGAUUUGAAAAAGUUGCAUUACUGUUGGUAAUCCUGUCCCAACCUACAUUUAAUUUAAUGAAUGAACAUAUUGUUCUACUAAUAAAUGUGUCACUUUAUAGAUGUAAAAUGGGUUGUCAAGGGUGUUUCAUGUUGACUUUAAGGGAUUUGUGUUAUGAGGCCUUUGUAUCAUGAGGACUGGAAUCUACAGAAUUUUUCUAUCAAUUCCGCAUGUUCAUCACCACUAGCAAACAGAAACAAUGCAAGAAAAUUUUCUAAUAUGCAAGCCUGUCUCCAGUAGGCCACAAUCAACAUUAUUACCAUCAUAAAUGAAAAUGUUUUUUUGUGUUCCGCCUGGUGGUCUGGCUUCAAACCCAUUUUUGCUUCAUGAACACCAUGGAGUUAGUCAAUACUAGCUCUGAUUAGGUUUGCACUGAUGCGCUCCAUCUGCUCAGUGUACUGUCUUUAACCCCGCCGCACUAAACUUCAAUGACGUGUCCCAAGCCUCUUAUCUGACUGAUUUACAAACUUUAGCUGCAAAAUUGCAUCCUGUGAACUAAUCCCGUGUGUAAGCUUUCCAAGGUUGGGAAUUGUUUAAGAGUUUGGAAAGUUUUUUUUUUUUGGUCCUUGUUCCAAUGUUUUUAAUUUUUGAAAGAUGUCCAUAAAUCCAUCUCUCACUGUUAUUCUUCUUCUUUUUUUUUUUCUUUUUAGUGUAUUCAAUACCCAUUUUUCCUUUAUAUUUUUUCCACUGUUAUAGGCUACAUUGUGUAUUUAAAUCUGUAAUAGUUAAAUGUCGAGUUGUUAGUGUUGAAGGACACAAUAUCAUGUUGAACAACCAACAACAGUUUGGCAUCAGCAAUUAUAAUUUUUACGGCUUUUCUUUUUUGCAAAGCAUUUGUGUCGAGCUUAAUGUACAUAAACAUUUCACUAUGGAUCAUCUCAUAUACCGUUGCAAAUGUCUGUGAUAUCUGGGGCAUAUCUGUUUAAUAUGCAACGACGAUGUUGGUUUUUGUUAAAUGUCUAAUAUGUCUGUCAAGUAUCUAAAGGUGCGAGAGAAUCUCAGUGCUUGACACUCCAAGUGCUGUAAUGUCCUUUUUUUAGUUGUUAUUUUUUGUACAUUGUUUAUUGUUGUAUGCGUUUUAUCACAUAUUGUGUCACAUAUUGAUUUUAAGGGUGUGCUAAGCAAAGAAAAGAUUUUGCAUUAUUAAACUUUUUUUUUCUUUAAUUUUCUAAUCUCAGAUUAGAAUUCAUUUAUGUUGCAUUUUUAUCUGUGGAUACUAUCAUGAAACAUGGAAAGUCACAUUAUAGUUUUUAGCAAUUUUAAAGUAAAACUUAAUUAUUAAUUGGCUAAAUACUAAUGAAUUUUUCAGAAAGUUAAGUUCUCUAAGGCCCAGAAACAUCAUCUCCAGAACAUCGAAAAGCUUGCACACCCAUGCCACCUGAUUGUAUAUUUUGGGAUAUUUUUUUCAAGAGUCAUUGAAACAAAUUUUGUACCCAUUUAUUGCAUUUUAAUGUUUCAUUUUUCUUUUGUUUUUGUACCUAUUGAUUCAAUAAGUAUUAGAUCUGAAUGAAAUGUUGCCAUUUGUUGGUACUGAAUUCUGAUAUUUUAAUAGACAGCAUUGCAGGGACGAGAAUGUUUUCUUAUUGGUGAACUAAAUGACCAACUAAUUGGAUUAUUGAAUUUGUUCUCCUAUUAACAGACACUGCCAUGAAAUGUUCUUUUAAUUUGGUAUCCUUUGGAUAAAAAAGGGAUCUAAAAAGUAACUGAGUUCCAUAAUCGCCAUCAUAUCUGUAUUUUUGUACUGCCAUCCUAACCACCACCAGUAAGCUGCAUAUACAAGCUGUAGAAACAUAUGCUCUCGAGUGACGUGUUUAAUGUAGUGUCCCGGUGAGUGGCAGUUAUCAGAUAUCUUGUGAACCCAGAUUUGUCCUGUGGAGUAUUUUGCAAAGCACUAUAAAUAUAUUAGGUGGUGCACUAAAUUGCAUUCUUUAAAUCCUACUAUUUUUUAAAUAAAGGAAAGUGUGUUACCAAA